AUGGAAAUGAGAUCCGACGGUGCACAGAAAGGCCUGUGCUAUGCUGCUGCGUCCGUCUCUGCUACACUUGUCUCUCUGUCCGUCGGAAUGGCAAUCGGAACGGCAGCAGCGGCGGCGGUGCGGCGCAGCCUCGGCGCCGCAGUCCCGGACCUCGCCGUCGCCCACCUCUGCUGCCCCUCGACCCCCGUCACCUACAACGCAGCCCACCUCCCGCCCACGCCGGCCACCCUCCUCGCCCUCCUCCGCCGCGCGCCCGCGCCCGCGCCGCACCCCACCACCGCCGUGCACGCCUGCCUCCUCAAGACGGCCUACUUCCGCCCGGGGGGCUGCACCGUCCCCAACUCGCUGCUCGCCUCCUACGCAACAUCCGGCGACUCCCUUGCCGCGGCGAAGCUGUUCGACGAAAUGCCUCUUAGGGACGUCGCGUCCUGGACCUCCAUGAUGCGGGCACACCUCGCGGGGGGCUCGGCGUCCCAGGCCCUGUGCAUGUUCAGGGACAUGCUCGCUGGCGGCAACGACGCACCGGAGCCGGACGGGGUCGUCCUCGUCGUCGCGCUCCGCGCCUGCGCCGAGCUCGAGGACCUGGCGCUCGGGGCCUCCCUGCACGCCCUCAUGGAGCGCCGUGGGCUGCAGGGCUGCGAUGUCUUCGUCGCCAACUCGCUCGUCGACAUGUACGCCAGGUGCCUGGACCUGCAGUCCGCCAAGAAGGUGUUCGACAUGACCCCGAGCAGGAACGUGGUGUCCUGGAACACCAUGCUCUCCGGACUCGCGCGCACCGGCCGUGCCACCGACGCGCUAGACCUUCUUGCCUCCUCCUCGUCCUUGCUGAAAGAGGGCAGCGACAUCGGCUUCGAUGAGACGACGUUGGUGGUGCUGCUUCAGCUGUGCAAGAGGCUCGAGGGCGGCCAGGCCAUGUGGUGCCGGUCUGUCCAUGCCGCGGCCGUGAGGAGGGGGCUCCUAUUGUCCUCGACAGGCCUGCCUCUGUUGAACGCCCUGCUGGACGCAUACGCCAAGUGCGGCCUGCUUGAGCACACGGUCAGGCUGUUCCGCGGCAUGCCUGAGAGGAACAUCGUCACGUGGAGCACCGUCAUCGCUGGAUGUGUCCACAACGGCCGGCCUGGCGAGGCGAUCGCGUGCGCCGUCGUGAUGAGGGAGGCCGGGGAGACGCCCAACUCGGUCACCAUACUGAGCGUCCUCGAGGCAUGCACAGACUGUGCGGAGAUGGCAGCGUCGAGAUGCGCCCACGGCAUGGCGCUCAGGAGUGGGCUAGCCUUGGAGCGGGACGUCAGCAACGCUCUGGUGGACAUGUAUGGUAAAUGCGGCAACCUGGCUGCGGCGACGAGGGUGUUCAAUGCGAUGCCGCGGAGGGACGUGCUCACCUGGAACUCCAUGAUUGGUGCUCUGGGGAUGAAUGGCCGCGCACGUGAUGCCCUCGCCCUCCUCGACAGGAUGGAGCAGGAAUGGGACAUCAUGCCGAACGGUGUCACGAUGCUGGCCGUGCUGUCGGCAUGCGCGCACGGAGGUCUGGUAGAGGAGGGCGUGGCCUGCUUCGAGAGGAUGACGGCGACACACUCGGUUGAGCCACAGGUGGAGCACCUAUCGUGCGUCGUCGACAUGCUCGCGCGUGCAGGGGACCUUGAGGGGGCCGCUAGGGUCAUCGAGGAGAGGAUAUCCACCAGCAGCAGUCCAGCAGCCUGGAGUGCGCUGCUAAGCGCCUGCAGAGGCUACAGCAGCGACUCGAGUGUUGGACGUGAUGCUGCCUGCCGCGUCCUGGAGUUGGAGCCGGGCAAUGCGGCGGGGUACCUGAUGUCGAUGGGCGUGCCCGGCGCUGGCGAGACGGCAGCGCGGAUGCGACAGCUGAUGAGGGAGAGGGGAGUAGGGGUGACUGGCGGACACAGCAUAGUGCAGGUGGGGUGCAAUGCUCACAGCUUCAUGUCAUGGGAUGGAUGCCACCCUGACAGAGGGCGGGUUUACUCCAUGCUACAUCUCCUGCAUCAACAGAUGCUGCCGCCUACUCCUCCACAUCCAAACCACCAUCAUCUUACCUUAUUAUCACACAAGUGUCAUGAUUAA